AUGACUGGAGUCUGUAGGGAUAGACACUGGCUCUCUCCCUAAACAACCUUGUGGAAGACAAGCCUACAGAUUCUUCAGAUUUGGGAUCAACUACCAAGGAGCGACUAUGAAAUCGGCAGUGCUUCUGCUGCUGUGUCUCGCCUUAGCCGAGGGGAAUAAGAGGGUGCCUCUGAAGAGACAGAGGUCGAUGAGGCGAGCAAUGCGGGCGAGGGGGGGCCUGUCUGAGUUUUGGAAGAAGUAUCAGCUGGAUAUGACCCAGCACAGCGAUGCCUGCCCUGCUGCCACCAAGGCAGAUGAACCCCUCAUCAACUACAUGGAUGCUGAAUAUUAUGGGGAGAUCUCCAUAGGGACCCCUCCUCAGAACUUCACUGUGAUCUUCGACACUGGCUCAUCCAACCUUUGGGUCCCCUCUGGUCUGUGUUCCGGCCAAGCCUGCGAAACCCAUCACAGAUAUCAUUCUUUGGACUCUGUGACUUACCAAGUCGAUGGACGCCAAUUCUCCAUUGAGUAUGGCACAGGGAGCCUGACUGGAAUUCUAGGGAUUGACCUGGUGACUGUGGAGGGGAUCGCUGUGUCUAAUCAGCAGUUUGGGGAGAGCGUGACGGAGCCAGGCAGCACUUUUGUCGAUGCCAACUUCGACGGGAUCUUGGGGUUGGGGUACCCGACCAUUGCGGCAGGUGGGGCGACACCGGUGUUUGACAACAUGAUGGCACAAAACCUGGUGGAGAUGCCCAUCUUUAGUGUUUACCUGAACAGGAACCCAGAUUACUCCAGCGGCGGGGAGCUCAUCUUUGGGGGGUUUGACCGCUCGCACUUCUCCGGGGAGCUGCACUGGGUUCCCAUCACAAAGCAGGGCUACUGGCAGAUCCUGGUGGACAAUAUCAAAGUGAAUGGUGAGGUGAUGUUCUGCAGUGGUGGCUGCCAGGCGAUUGUAGACACAGGCACUUCCAUGCUGACGGGACCCACUGCAGACAUCACAGCCCUUCAGCAGCACCUGGGAGCCUCACCCCUGGAUGAGGGCACGUAUGCUGUGGAGUGUGGAAGCAUCAACAUACUGCCUGACGUGACUUUCACAAUCAACGGUGCUGAGUUCACUCUCAACCCGGCUGCCUACAUUGUGAUGGAGGAGUCUGAGGGGCUCUGCACCACUGGGUUCCAGGGUAUGGACAUCCCCCCCCCAGGGGGUCCCCUCUGGAUUCUGGGGGACGUCUUCAUUGGCCAGUUCUAUUCCGUGUUUGACCGAGGCAACAACCGCGUUGGCCUGGCCAAAGCCGUGCCCUGACCCCGUGGUGACCUCUGGAGAGGGAGAGUGGAGAAUAAUCGUGACACUCCCAGAAGUCAACAGCGGCUUAAAAUGAGUUCAACGGCCGCACUGCUUGUAUACAGAAACUGAUCCAACUCCCAGGUGCUGGUUUCUUGUGUGCAAUGAUAAAAAAAGAUGUAAUUGUUUUUUUUUGUAUCAUUUUUUUAAAGGAUGUAGGGCAGCUUCACAGCAGGUGUGAACACUAUAGAAAUCCAAUCAUUGUGAGGAUUAAAUGGUAUGGUGGUGAUUGACAAUA